AUGACUACCCUCGGUUUCUUAGUUACGUACUUCUGGCGUCACACAUUUGCGUUUGCAAGAGUCUACUCUACAAUUAAAAAUACAUUUGUUAAUCAUACAGAAGUUUGGAAACAAGAAGAUAGACCUGUUACAACACCUAUGUCUAGGAAACAGGGUGAAGAUAUUAUAUGUGGAGUAGAUUCUUUUGAAAAAAACUAUUAUGAUUGUAAUGCUGAAAAUCAAGAACAUUAUAAAUCAAAAGGCAAUUAUGAUGACCAAGUUAAUAUUGACUAUUUUGAAGAUACGACUGAAAAUGAUUAUAUGGGACUUGCAGAAAGUGUAACUGAAAAUUAUUUUAUAGCACUAGCAGAAAACAUAACCACAACGGAAUUCCCAGAAAUUGAGGUAGAAAGGAUGAAUCGAACUAUAGACUGUCCAAUGGCUAAUUGUAGCACCGUGGUGUUCGUGGAAAACCCUACUGUAACAUUCUAUAACAUAACUACAGAAGUUGUGUGGCUUGCUGGUACAAAACCGUUACAUCAAAAAAUUCCUCUUGAGCACGAAUACAAAAAAACUACCAUUACUUAUAGUGGAAAUUUAUCUAGCACAGAACCACCAAUGGAAACAGAACCAACACCAAAAACCCCAGCUACACGGUCCACUACUCUACAUAGCUAUAGAAGUACCAUUAGUACAGCAAAAACUUCUUCCAAACGUAUGAAAGCAUUUAAUACCCAAAAGCGUUUUAUAAGAAAAUUAAGAAAACAGACAUAA